AUGGAAAGUGAUGAAGUUGGAUCCCAGGAAGAACUGAACAUGAGACCUGACAAACAACCAGAAACACAUGAAGGUGAUCCUACUGAGAGUCCACUAUUACAGGUUCUGCCCGGCCAUGUGACUCCUCUGGCCCCAGAGUUCUUGGAUCCAGCACUCACCCAGAAAGCCUUUGCCCACGAUGUCAGCAGCAUACAGCACAUGCCUGCAGAGGACUCCAAAGUUCCACAAUCCAAGGACAUGUUUCUUCCUGAGCAGGGUGACACCAGCUCCUCAACAAAAACCAUGCAGUCCAAGAAAGGCGACACUCCCAAUUCCUCAAGGAAAAUCAUGCAGCCCAAGCAAGGCAACACAUCCGGUUCCCCGGGGAAAACGACCCUGCCUAAAGAGGGCAACAUCUUUAAUUCCUCCGGGAAAACCAUGCUUCCCAAAGAGAGUAACCCUGCUAAUUCCUCAGAAGAACCCAUCCCGCCUAAGCAGGGUGACAUCUUCAAUUUUCCAACUAAAACUAGCCCCCCUAAGCACAACAGUACUCCUAUAUCACCAGCAAAAAGCACCCUUCCUAAAGAGGGUAACACCCCUAGUUCCUCAGCAAAAACCAUCCCUUCCAAGCAAAGUGACAACCCCAGUUUCUCAAAAAAACUUAUCUUACCCAAGAAGGACAACACCCCCAAGCUAUCAGAAAAAAACAUUUCACCUAAGCCGAGUGACACCUCCAAAUCUCCAGAAGAAACCAUUCACCCUAAGCAGGGCAACACUCCCAAGCUAUCAGCAAAAUCCAUUUCAUUCAAGCCGGGUGACACCUCCAAAUCGCCAAAAGAAACGAUUCAGCAAAAGCCAGGCAGCACUCCCAAGCUAUCAGAAAAGAACAUUUCACCCAAGCAGGGUGACACCUCCAGAUCUCCAGAAGAAACCAUCCAGCCCGAGGAGGACCACACCCCCAAGUCCUCAGAAAAAGCCAUCCAGCUCAAGGAGAGUGACACCCCCAAGUCCUCAGAGAAGAAAGCCAUCCAGCCCAAGGAGGGUGACACUCCCAAGCCCUCAGAGAAGAAAGCCAUCCAGCCCAAGGAGGGUGACACCCCCAAGCCCUCAGAAGAAGCCAUCCAGCCCAAGGAAGACAAGUCCUCAGAGAAAGCCAUCCAGCCUGCGGAGGGUGACAUCUCAGCAGAAGAAACAGGGGAGCUCCUGACGUUCGAUUUGGUGAAAGUGAUCCUGAGCAAAGAGGAUUUUGAGCUGGCGCUCAAGGAGGCAGGGGAGAGGCUGGUGGCCGUGGUCUUCUCAGCCACGUGGUGUAUGCCUUGCAGGACCAUCAAACCCCUUUAUUGUUCCCUGUCUGUGAAGCACGAGGAUGUAGUGUUCCUGCAAGUAGAUGUUGAUGACUGUGAGGAGCUAGUGCAAGACCGUGGGAUCAUUCAUGUCCCGACCUUUCAGUUUUAUAAAAGAGAAGAAAAGGUGAGUGAAUUUUGUGGUGCCCUUAAGGAAGACCUUGAAACAAUCAUUGCAGAAUUAAAAUAGUGCAUUCUGAAAGCAUUACAGAGAGUCAGUUGUUCAUGGCGUAUGAUUUUUUUUUAUUAACAAAAAAGAAGUGUAACGAAAGUGUAUGUCCAAAUGAUACCCACUUAUAAAUAAUAAAUGUUAACUCUAUCCAUGUCAAAAACUAGUCAAAGCCCUAAAGCAUAAUGUGACCAUAUUUUUCUUAAUAGAAAACUGUGAUAUUAGAAUUUCCUUUGGUGGAUAUUGGAAGUCCAGUUGUCCCCUACUUUUUUAUCUUGAUUUUUUUUCCCCACUCACCCUUGAAAAUUCCUCAUUUCCUGUUAGCAGAGACAUUGGACAUUUAGACAAUUCUCUAGAAGUACAUGAUUUAAAGAUGAGUAGAAACUUCUUAUGUUCACAUAUCUUUGGGAUUUCUGAUAAGAUAUUUUUUGCAAAUACAGAAUCUGAGUCACAUACUAUAUCUAACCUUUUUCUUGUGAGGGGAGUGCUAUGGAGCCCCCAGGAAAUUCCAUGGGCUUGCCAGCCCCGAUUCAUUGGUGGCAGAACUGACACCAAGGCCAUGCUUCCAGAUUUCAAGUCCAGACCUCUGUUUUACUAAACAGUGCCCACAAAGUCUGAGACAGAGCUCAGAACUCUGGUUUCUCGGGCCAAGAGCUUUAUUAUUCAGGUUUAAGUU